AUUUUGUUUUUUUGGUAAAAAAUCUUAAAUUCGCUCGUAGUUUCAUUUUAAAAAACCUUAAAUCUCUCUCUUUCUCUCUCUAAAAUUAUAAAAUUCUUCAGUUUCUUCUGAUGAGUUGCUUGUUGGCUUGCGUUGAGUAGAAAAGUGGAAGAGCAACUGUGGGAAGCUGAAGCCACCACUUUCUGCAACUCUGCAACUUUCUUUUUUCUUUUUUAGACUUUGUUUAAUCAAUUCUAAGACUUUAGGUUUCAGCCUUUUUUCCUUUUACUCUUUCUCAGCAAAGUGGAACCGUGGAAACUUAACCGCAAAGUAUGGCGUAGUCUUUGUUAAAUUGGAGGAAUCUUGGGUUUGUAAAGUCAGUGGAGCCCUUCUCUGGAUAAUGGCCUUGUUUGAAGACGAGGUUUACUGAGAGGUGAAGGCUACAGAGUUCAUUAGCUUUUAGGCUUGAGAGGUUUCGAUAAUAUCGGGAACUUUUGAUGCGGAAGUAAUUUGACAGGAAAAGUUGAGUUCUCGAAGUGUGAGUAGGUAGAGAUUGGCUAUGGGUUACUUGAAUUGGCAGAUCUAUGCUCGCGUCUUCUUUGGUUUUGUGGUGAUUUUGACUUCCUCGUUUACACGCGGAUACACUGACCCUCGAGACGUUUCUGCGAUCAAUAGCUUGUAUGCUUCGCUGGGCUACCCUGUCCUUCCUGGAUGGAUUCCAAAUGGAGGGGACCCGUGUACGGAGUCAUGGCAAGGUGUCCUAUGUGUGAAUGCAAACAUAACCAAAAUAACCGUGAAUGCGGCAAAUUUGGGAGGGGUAUUGGGUGAUAACUUGGGGUCUUUUGCUUCUAUUAUAACAAUCAGAGAUUUAAGCAACAACCAUAUUGGAGGGAGCAUUCCAUCGAAUUUACCCAUUACCAUGCAGGAAUUUUUUCUCUCAGCUAACAAUUUAUCGGGAAGUAUCCCAGCUUCUUUGGCCACACUUACUCAAUUGUCAGCCAUGUCACUCAACAAUAAUCAAUUAACUGGAGAAUUACCAGAUGCUUUUCAAAGUCUUACAGGAUUGGUUAAUCUGGAUCUUUCCGCUAACAAUUUAAGUGGGAAAUUGCCCCCUUCAAUGGGAGGCUUGUCUUCUCUAACCACCUUUCACUUGCAGAAUAAUCAGCUUUCUGGGACCCUCGAUGUUCUUCAAGAUCUCCCCCUUAGAGAUUUGAAUAUAGAGAAUAAUCUUUUCUCUGGACCUAUACCUGAAAAGCUGCUGAGUAUUCCAAAUUUCAAGAGGGAUGGCAAUCCAUUCAACACUAGCAUAGCUCCGUCGUCCCAACCCUUGCCUCCAUCUCAAGCGCCUCUUCCUUCUGGAGCACCAUCUUCUGAAGUGCCACCGGGGAAGCAGGCGAAUAGACCACCUUCAACGGAAGAAUCGAGCCCAGCAUCAAGCCCAGCAAGAAAAAAUAAUUUUUUUACCACUAAAAGGCUGGUCUGGAUUUCAAUUGCAGGGGUGUUAGUAUUUAUUGUGUUUGUAUUAGGAUGUGUUUUUUUCAUGGGAAGUUGUCACCGAAAAAGGGAAGAGAAUGACGUAUUUGCCAUGAGGCAUGAAGUUGGUGCUUAUAAAGGCCCCAAAGAGAGGCCUAGAGACAAUGGAUCCAUGGCUCAACCAAAUAAUCAAAUAGAUCAAGUUUUGCGACCAGUUUCAAAUGAAGCUUUUGUGAGGCCAAAGGAUGAGCAUGAAAUAGCUAUUGGAAGAGUGGCUGCUGUUCCAAAACGAAACUACUCGGAGGAGACAGAUACUAAAAGAAUAGGUAAGAUUCCGAAGCAAAAGGAGGAUCGUGAUAUUGAUAUGUUUCUAAUGCCACCACCACCACCCCCUCCACCUCCUCCACCACCACCCCCUCCUCCUCCUCCUCCUCCUCCUCCUCCUGUUGAGAAUGUCAUUGUGAAACCAAUAUCUCCCCCUAACACUAUGAAAGGGAGCAGUCCCUCUAAAAAUCUGAAUCUUCCCACUUCUGUGAGGUCUUUCACCAUUGCAUCACUUCAGCAAUAUACAAACAGCUUUUCUCAAGAAAAUCGUAUUGGAGGGGGCAUGCUGGGAAAUGUUUAUCGGGCAGAACUUCCUGAUGGGAAGUUACUGGCCGUGAAGAAACUGGACAAUGUUGCUUCCAUGAGGCAGAUAGAUGAAGAGUUCCUUGAGCUGGUGUCCAGUAUUGCUAAACUCCAGCAUGCUAAUGUUGUUGAGCUUGUGGGUUACUGUUCUGAACAUGGGCAAUGGCUACUCAUUUAUGAAUAUUGCUGUAACGGGACAGUCCAUGAUGCACUGCACUCUGAUGAUGAACUCACUAGAAAACUCUCAUGGAAUGCCCGAAUCCGAGUGGCCCUUGGAGCUGCAAGAGCUUUAGAAUAUCUGCAUGAGGUCUGUCAACCACCUAUUGUUCACCGGAAUUUCAAGUCAACCAAUAUUCUCCUUAAUGAUGAACUUGCGGCAUGUGUUUCUGAUUGUGGUUUGGCUCGUUUGAUAUCUUCAAGAUCCGUAAGUCAGUUAUCAGGACACCUCCUAUCAGCUUAUGGUUAUGCUGCUCCAGAAUUUGAGUCUGGAGUUUACACUUUCAAGAGUGAUGUUUACAGCUUUGGCGUCGUAAUGUUAGAACUGCUUACAGGGCGGAAAUCCUAUGACAAGUCACGGCCUCGGGGGGAGCAAUAUCUGGUGAGAUGGGCAAUCCCUCAGCUUCAUGACAUAGACGCAUUGUCAAGGAUGGUUGAUCCUUCUCUUAAUGGAGCAUACCCUGCUAAGUCUUUAUCACGUUUUGCUGACAUUAUCUGUCUGUGUACCCAGCAAGAGCCAGAAUUCCGGCCACCAAUGUCUGAAAUAGUGGAGGACCUCUUACAUAUGACACAGAGGGAGUCGCACAGUAGGACGUCAAGUGACAACUGAUUUAGGUUAGGAAUUUGAGCACAACUGCGGUCACCUGAAGAAUAGCCAGCUUCAUCGAAGACAAGCUUUCCGCUGUUAACUGCAACAAACCUGUUGCCUCUGUUAACAUCACAACACCUUCAUAUAUAUAGCCUUAGAGGACUCAUUUGUGUCGAAGCUAAGCCAGUAAUUAUUAUUUUUUUAUUUGUGUGAUUAAUUCUUUUCAAUGUCGAUUUUUGAGAUAUGAGAGUGAAAUACUGUUCUUUGUGAAGAAAGUGAAAUAACUGGCAUGUGCUUCAGUUAUUUAUGUUUUUGUUGUAUUCCAAAUGGUCCAUUUGUUUGUAUUACUUUAUCUUGUUCAAGAAAAUGUAUAUUUAAUCAAACUGAAAAUGGGGAAAAGAGGAAAUAAAUAACAUAUUGAGUAUUGAGGUCAUUUUAGUAA